GUCGGAAAUAGAGAAAGCGAUUUGAUUUCAGUUAUCUCUAACUGAUUAUUCCCAAAUUUCGGAUCUGUUUUAUCCAAAAAAAACUUCGAAAUUUCAGUUCCCUCUGCGCUUUUCAUCAUCUAGAAACUUAAAAUUCCAAACCGAGAGAGAGAGAGAGAGAGAGAGAGAGAGAGGGAGAGUGUUCAUUUUCUGAGGGAGGAAAGAAGCCCCAAAUUUAUCGAUAUUAUCUGGUGGUUGUGAUUAUGUUGGAGCCCGAUUCUCAGGGAUUUAAAAUGUUAGUGGGGUUACAAGGAGAGAGAUAUAAGCAGGAGGAAGAAAGGAGAAAGAGGUUAUUUGUAUUUGAGUGAGAUUAACAGAGAAAGGUCGUUUUUGUACUGGGUUUAUCUUCUCUCAUAUCAUCUUCCUUCAGUCUCUGCAACUUUCUCCAAAAUGUCUUCUGCUUUCAACAGAUGGGCAAGGCCAGAGGUUUAUCCAUUGAUGGGGGCACUAGGUCUGGUAAUCUCAGUUGGGGCGUUUCAGCUCUAUCGAAACCUUCGCCAAAACCCUGAGGUUAUGAUAAAUAAAGCGCAGAGAGCAUCAGGGGUGCGUGAGAACUUUGAAGAGGGUGAGAGAUACAGUGAGAAUGCGCUUCGCAAACACGUACGAAACAGGGCUCCUCAGAUCAUGCCUGUCAUGAACAGCUACUUCUCUGACCCCAAAGAGAACUAAAGAGAAAGAAAGGAAACCUAAACUUGAAGAUGAUUUGUUUCUCCAUUUUCAUCACUACCAAGCUUUUCCUGUGAAAAUAAACAUUUUUUUUCUUCUCUGUUUUACUUUUAUGUAUCUAUGUUGGUGUGUUACUACGGAUGUAAAUACAGAUGAGUGGUUCCACCAUCGCCAGAUUGGGUGAAGUUCUUUGACUUCAAACUCCAAAUCUCUGUUCAAACAAUAAAAUUUUUUUGUCUUUCUGAUUCCUAUUAA